AUGGCGCCAUCACAGGUCCACGGCUCCAAGGAUCAGUCACGAGGGAGGCUCGGAGAGGGGACGCCUUCAAGUGCCUGGGGGAGUGUUCUGGACUCCAGAGGCUCCGUCACGUGCUGCGGGUGCUGUCACGUGCUCAGGGUGCCGUCACGUGUCUGGGACGACGUCACGUGCUGGAGUUCGCAGAUCUGUCUCCGCAGUUGGCAUCUCCAGAGCCUCAUGGCUGCCUCGCUGUCCCGCCGCAGCGCCGGGCCCAGCGUCUCGAGGCUCUUGGUCCUGAACUGCCGUCUCCUGCUCCUGCUGCUGCUGCUGCCGCCCCUGAACCUGGGUUACAAAGAGGACAAAACCAUGCCAGGCACUGUUGUUCCUAAAGUUUGUGGCAAACCCUGGUGGUCGGACGUGGGCCGCCAUUGGCCCUGGGAAGUGAGCCUGCGGGUGAAACACGAACACGUGUGUGGAGGGGCCCUCAUUGACCCCGGCUGGGUGAUGACUGCCGCCCACUGCAUCCAAGGCACCAAAGAGUACUCGGUGAUGCUCGGCACCUCCAAGCUGCAACCUGUGGACUUCACCGGGGUCCUCUUGAUCCCGGUGAGGGACAUCAUUUUGCACCCCAAGUACUGGGGCCGGACCUUUAUCAUGGGUGAUGUCGCCCUUCUCCAGCUUCACAUUCCUGCCACCCUGAGUGAGUACGUGCAGCCCAUCUGCCUGCCGGAGCCCAACUUCCACCUGAGGGUUGGGACACAGUGCUGGGUCACCGGCUGGGGCCAGAUUAAGCAGCGUUUCUCAGCCAACUCCACAUUGACCCCAGAGUUGCAGGAGGCUGAGGUCUUUAUCAUGGACAACAAGAGGUGUGACCGGAUUUACCACAAGAAGUCCCUCUUCCCCCGUAUUAUCCCCCUUGUCCUGGAGGACAUGAUCUGUGCCACCAAUUAUGGAGAAAACUUGUGUUAUGGAGACUCUGGGGGGCCGCUGGCCUGCGAAGUCGAGGGCAAAUGGAUUCUGGCUGGUGUGCUGUCCUGGGAAAAGGCCUGUGCCAAAGCGCAGAAUCCAGGCGUGUACAUCCGUGUCACCAAAUACAGCAAAUGGAUCAAGAAGCAGCUUGACAGGGCUCUCUCAGGCCCCCGUGCCUCCACGUGGCUCCUACUCCUGUCCCGGCUGCUGCAGCCCCAGAUGGGCCCCUGA